AUGCAGUCCAAAGGGCACCAGGUCCAAGAUGACCUUGCCUCUCUCUUCUCGCGCAACUUGGACUUGAAUCCAGAGCUCCGCCGACCAGCACCCACCGAGCUGCCGAGACAGGAGCCGACCCCUCCCCUCAGUACCCCGCAUAUCGUGUAUUCCGUUUCGCAGCACUACCACCAUUCUGCUCAUGCCGUGAAACCAUCCGUCGAACAUGUCGAGCGAGAGGUCGUUUCCGUGGAGGAACAGUCGCCGCGACCGACGUCGGAGCCCCAUCUGAGCCAAGUGUUGGCUUCGGAGACGAUGCUUCGCAACUUUGGCGUCGACGUUGGCAUCCUGACGCCCGCGCAGAUGCACCUAUUCUGCCUCGCCGGCGAGUCUCAGCGUUUGCGCCUCGUCCAGCUCUGGACCAUCUGCCCGCCGAACAGGGGAGGGGGGAUGCCCGAUUAUGCAUGGAGCAGCACGACCUUGCAGCAGGAGGAGGACCUCGCCUGGGAGCGAUACAACAAUACUCUGAUGGGCGAACACGCCGGCAAUCUUGUUCGUUCCCAAGUUCAACCCGUCGGCUGCACCUGCGCCCUGGUUAGCCACUGCUGCUGCAACGUGGAGCCGUAUAUUUCCUGCGGCUACGAAGAGCUCAUGCGGAGGGGCAUGGAGCGAGACGCCGGAAGCCGUAACCGGGAUGACCAUGGCCAUACUGGCGUGGCCGUGAGUGGCAUCAACUACACCCCGGCAACCGACCCUGUCUACCUGGGUGCCGACUACGCGAGAAAGCAGCUGGCGAUGGACAACAUGGCUUUCCAGCAUGGCACCCUUGAGCAUGGAUAUGGCGCUCAAGAGGAUGCCACCAUGGAAUUGUAA